CAUUGCUAUACCAGUCUGAAACGGCCAUACUACGUGGCUUGGCUUAGCCUCACACCUCGUGAACCUUGCAAAGUGUCAGCACUCGAACGACAACCAUCGUGCAUCUCGUCAGCCUCGCGCGUCGAGUCGAUUGAUUCGGCCAUAUCCGUUGCAGACGCCACUUAGCCAUCAGCAUCCCCGUCUGGACGUCACCGUGGCCUUAGCGAACAAAUCCUUGGCCAAGCCCUACAACGGAGGUUACCAGAGACGCGCAGCACCCCCGAACGCACGCGAUCCGCCAUCUAAACGCCUGUAUCGGAUCAUCCUACGUCGCAAUUACUCUCGGGAGCGGCAAUUCAUCUUACUCGGACGCAGCAAGGACUGGGAGGCAGUACUUUGUUCAACGACUUGGUGAUCUGGCGGGUCUUCGGUGACCGGGGGUCUCCAAGGGAGCAAUUGACAUCUGGCGCCCAACUCUCUGAAUGUUGCCUUUACAUUCAUCGUCGAAAGGGAAGAUGCACCGCCAUGCCUUUUCCAACGGGGCGUAUCCCUCGCAAGGAGGGGGUACCUUCUCCAUCCAACCUCACAAAUUCCAGCCGCGAUCACAGCCUGCGCUCAGGCGGCGGAGAACACUGAUACAGCGCUUGCUGCUUGUCGGUUCGCUGUUCUUUACCGCCCUAUUCUUCUUCUUCCCUGACCUGCGACCAAACCUGGGUUCCGGACCCCUCAGCUUGAUCUCCUCGAACGACGAUGCGCAGCUUGAGACCGUGCGAUACUACGAUUUGAACAACGUGCAAGGAACGGCGAGGGGAUGGGAAAGGGAGGAGCGCAUUCUGUUGUGCGCUCCUUUGCGAGACGCGGCUCCGCAUCUGCCCAUGUUCUUUGGCCAUUUGCAGAACCUCACAUACCCCCACAACCUCAUCGAUUUGGCUUUCCUCGUUGGAGAUUCCAAGGAUAACACCAUCUCACUCUUGACGGAGAAGUUGGAGGAGCUACAGGCCAAUCCCGACCCCAAGCAGCAGUUUGGCGAGAUCUCGAUCAUGGAGAAGGAUUUUGGACAAAAGGUUAACCAAGAUGUUGAGAGUCGACACGGUUUCGCCGCACAGGCUGGCCGCCGAAAGUCAAUGGCACAAGCGCGAAACUGGCUGCUAAGCGCUGCUCUGCGGCCAACACACAGCUGGGUAUACUGGAGAGAUGUGGACGUGGAGACUGCUCCGUUCACUAUUCUGGAAGAUCUCAUGCGACACAACAAGGAUGUCAUCGUCCCAAAUGUCUGGCGACCACUUCCGGACUGGCUUGGCGGCGAACAGCCAUACGACCUGAACUCCUGGCAAGAAUCUGAGACUGCCCUCGCCCUCGCCGACACUCUCGACGAGGAUGCAGUCAUUGUAGAAGGUUACGCAGAGUACGCCACUUGGCGCCCGCAUUUGGCCUACCUCCGCGACCCCUACGGUGACCCAGACAUGGAGAUGGAAAUUGAUGGUGUUGGUGGUGUUAGCAUUCUUGCGAAAGCCAAGGUUUUCCGCUCUGGUGUCCACUUCCCUGCAUUCAGUUUUGAGAAGCACGCUGAGACAGAAGGAUUCGGCAAGAUGGCCAAGCGCAUGAAGUUUUCCGUGGUCGGUCUUCCCCACUACACUAUCUGGCAUCUUUACGAACCCAGUGUCGACGACAUCCGACACAUGGAGGAAAUGGAGAAGGAGCGCAAGGCCAAGGAGGCUGAGGAAGAAGCGAAGAAGGCCAAGGAGGCUAAGAUCAAGGACAAUUUUGAUGAAAAGAAGAGCGACUGGGAGAAAGAGAAGGCAGCCGUCCAAGACAUGGUUCAGCAAGCAAAGAACGAGGAAAAGGCGGCCGCUGAGAAGAAGAAGCAACAAGAAGCGGCAGCAAAAGAGGAGCCGCCCAAGGCAGACACCAAGGAGGAGAAGCCAGCUGAUAAGAAGGAGGGCGAUCAAUCAUAGUUGUCGCAGUAUUCCAGUAAUUUCAAGGGUGUGAGACCUAGGUCCGCGCCUGUUUGCAACCCUAUAGUGGAACGAAGCACUACAGCAACGACAGUAACGACUUGGGCAGACUGGGCGCAGAUCUGGACCUUUACUUCUUUCGAUCCACUGUGUGCUUUGUGUUGGAGCCUAAAGACUUGAGGCAGCAACGUUUCGCCGAGCCGGUCUCCGAAGGUGGCAUUGGAAGCGUUUCUUUUCCUGCUUGGAGGGCGUUUGAAGACUAUUUGGAGGAAUGUAUACAUUAGAUAGCAGCUUUGCAUCAGGGGCGUUGUAGGCUCGACAGUAGAUGAGCAUUGCGUUUGUGUGUAACAACAUCGAGAAACAUUACAGAAUUCCUACCAAGAUCGUGA